AUGCUGCCAGCAGGCUGCUCUCGCCGGCUGGUGGCCGAGCUGCGGGACGCCCUGGACGCCUGCUCAGAGCGACAGCUGCAGCUGGAGAAGAGCUUGCGCAUCUCUCAUCGGCUGCUGCGGGCCUGGGAACCAGCCCGGACCCCGACUCUGGAGCCACAUCCGGAGACAGAAACUAAUGAAGGGGACCCGUCUCCAGCAUGCACACAUAGCCCUGAAGACCUCAAGGAGCUAGAGCUUCUGACCCAGGCACUGGAGAAGGCUGUAGGAGUGCGAAAAGGCAUCUCUAAGGCUAGAGAAAGAGACAAGACCUCCAGCCUGAAAUCUGAGUCCAUUGCCACCUCUCCUGGCAUGACAGCCUCUGCCCUACCCCGGGUCCCAGGCCAGGCUGGCAGCCAUUCACGCGAGACAAGAAACACCAAGGGCACCCGCCAGACCACAUUUCCUGCCAAGGGCCAUCCUGAGCACAGGCUCCUGUCAGUGGGAGUCAGGAAGCGUGUAGGGCUAGCCGAAGCUGCCAGGCCUAGACAAGACCUCAAGGACCAGCAAAUGGCCCCAUCAGCUACUCCUCAGGCCCUGAAAGCCUUCACACUCAAGGAGAAGGGGCACCUGCUGCAGCUGCCCGUGGCCUUCAGAAAAUUAGCCUCCCAGAAUGCCCGCCUGUGGGCCCAGCUGAACUCUACACAGACCAGUGAUUCCACAAAUGCCACCGCAGCUGCCAAGACCCAGUUCCUCCAGAAAAUGCAGACCACUUCAGGCGGGACUGGCGCUGGGCUCAGUGCUGCAGAGGUCGAGGUGGAGAUGGCACGCCUGCAGAAAGCCUGCUUGCUGCUGAGACUGCGUGUGAGGAAGGAACUCUCAGCAGCCCCCACGAACUGGAUGCAGGAAUACUACUCCCUGCUCACCCUGGAGGGGCUGCAGGCCAUUGUUGUGCAGUGUCUCCACAGGCUGCAGAGGCUGCGUGCAGCAGAGGUGGAACUGCCGCGGAGAUCGUGUCCUGUGGGGAUGCCCCCCAGAGCCUUGGUGCCCUGUGGCAGUGGAGCAGGCCCCUCGUGGAGCCCCCUGCUGCUUGCCUACUCCAGCACCCAGGAGCUGCAGACGCUGGCAGCCCUCAGGCUGCGGGUGGCCAUGCUGGACCAGCAGAUUCACCUGGAGAAGGUCCUAAUGGCUGAACUGCUCCCCCUGAUGAGCACCCAGGAGCCGCAGGGGCCACCCUGGCUGGUGCUGUGCCGGGCUGUGCACAGCCUGCUCUGUGAGGGAGGUGAGCGCUUCCUCACCAUCCUGCGGGAUGACCCUGCAGACUGAGCCCCUCCCACCGCUGCCCAGGCCUCAGGACCCUGGGGCUCAGUUGAGCCUGUUGGAGUGUU